AUGCCUUCUGCAGCCUCAAGUUGCGGCCCGCGAAGUUUUUGGUCUUCCGGUUGCAAUGUCCUGCAGUUUCGAAUGCCCGUCCAUCCACUGCUGAUUGCCCAUGCCUCUGCACUAGCAGUAGCGGGUGGACCUGCGCACAGACCUUUCUGCCCACCAUACAAAUUCAGCGAUGAGACGUUGGAUAUACCCAUCCAGUCAUCGCACGAUUCGAGUCACUGCUCCCUCGAAGCAUCGCGCAAACGUUACGGAACUCUCCUGCAGGAGACGGCCUAUCAAAGCAAGACGAUGUGGCGGGCAGCUACGCGAUACUAUGCACCCGAGCGGUGGGAGGCUUGGGGCACACUCUACGAGACAAUGUCCCACUUGGCACACAUGACGCAGGCGGCGGCACAGCUUGGAAUGCGGAUCCUUUCAACCGAAGAUGACCUUCGUCGACUGCGACACCCUUGCUACGAAACUGCGCAAGUGACCACUUUCGAGUCGCACGACAUUUUGCGACGUCAGGCCAUCUAUCCAGCGUCAAACUUGUUCGGCGACCAUGCUGGUGGCGCUGCAGCCGGCUUGGUGCCGUUCUGGAUUCCCCGGUGGACAGCUCCAGUUUCUCACACCUUCGAUGUGUGCAACCGCACAGACCUGUUGAAGUGGUAUGAUUCCUUUGAGAGGCCGCGGCUUCCCAGCCAGUUGCCAGCCGAAUGGCAGCGCUGGGUCGUGAACCUGGGCGCUGGAGAUGGCUCUUGUGGCCAGGACGUCGUUCGACAGGAUAAUCUCGCACGGGGACUCUUCGGCAUGUCGGACCCGACGAACUGCUUGCUUCGAGAAGGAUUUGGAGGUUUGGUGUUCGAGGGUGACGACAGGCGCCUCCAUGACCUCCAGAGCCUCGUGGAAAAUCGCACAGAUGUGGAGCUUCAUUUUGGUUUCGUGGAUCCUGGUAUUGCAACGAAGCGCAUCCUGGAGUAUCAAGCGCACCAUGGCCCAUCAUCUCCACAGUGGCUCAAGGUUGACGUGGACAACUGCGACUGCUGCUUUGUGGAAGAUGUUCUGAAAGCGGGAAUCCGACCUCUUCUCAUUCAUGUGGAAGUGCACCCGCUGGUUCCUCCACCCUUCGUGUACAGGCCGGUCUUUUUCGAUCCCAGCAUUGGGGACUCGAUGCUCUCGCUGAGUGUCCUGGAGGGGCGUCCUGGACACAUGCUUCACUGUUCACUUUCUGCCUUCGAAGAGUUACUUGAUGAUUAUGGGUAUCAUCUCGCAGCUUUGCUUCAACAGACCUUGAAUCUUUCGCUCAGCCUGUCUCAGAUGCCACUUUAA